AUGGGGGUACAAAACAGACAGGAGAAGGAACCAAUACUAAUGUGUGACAACCCAAAUCAAAUUAUCAACCUAUCUAAAUUUAACCUCAAAGAACACCACAUCUCACUGCUCAACAAAGGCUUAUCAUUUGUACCAACUCCCAAUACCAAUAAAUUUAACUGGGUUAAGGAUACGAACCUCUUUGGCCGUAAAUUAGCCCUUAACAUGAUGCAUAAAAGAAAGGAUCAAAAAACGGCAAAAGAAAUAGGUAUGUCCUAUGAAGAUUUCCAGCUUCAUCAAACGUUACUAUCCUUAUUGGACGAACAAAAUCCUGAUCCAAAAUUAACGGAUUUGAAACCUGAAAGUUGGUUCACUCCCAACCUAAGUGAAGUAUCUAGUGUAGAUCUGUUCACUCAAAUGACUACAUCUGCAACUGAAUCUCUUAUCAUUCCCAAAAUCCAACACGACAACCUUACUGUACAACAACGUAAGGCGUUAAAGGAACUAAAUACUGAUCAAAACAUCAUCAUAAAAUCUUCUGAUAAUGGCGGUAAUGUGGUCAUAAUGGACAGAGAACACUUUAUAGAGAUGUGUAUGGAACAUCUAAAAGAUUCAUCAGCAUAUAGAAAAUUAUCAAACGAUCCCACCACACUCUAUCUCAGUGAAUUAAAACAUAUCUUGGAUUCGGCAUUAGAGAAUGACAUCAUAACCAGUGAGGAGUAUAAAUUUAUACUACCACAUCUUACUCCAACUAUUGCUACUCUGUAUUGCCUUCCAAAGAUACAUAAAAAUAUGAACAAUCCACCAGGGAGACCAAUAGUGUACGGUAAUGGCUCUAUUACUGAAAGAAGCAGUCAGUUUUUGGAAAAACUACUACAUCCAUUAGUAAUCAGCCUAAAAUCGUACCUCCAAGAUACUAAGCAAACACUAAUUUUGCUAGAGAACCUUAUAGUACCACCUUACUGUCGUCUAGGAAGCCUUGAUGUCUCUUAG